GAAACUGCAACUCCCAGCUCCACGCGGUCUCCGUUGUCGCAAUGGUGGUUCCGGGGGGACAUUGAAUGACUUUGGCUCCAUCUCGACAUAGAGCCUCUUUAAAACCCGUUGACCAGCAAACAUGGAGGCUCUUAUCCCCGUGAUAAACAAGCUGCAGGAUGUGUUCAACACCGUGGGGGCCGAUAUCAUCCAGCUGCCGCAGAUUGCAGUGGUGGGGACUCAGAGCAGUGGAAAGAGCUCUGUGCUGGAGAGCCUGGUGGGCAGGGACCUGCUGCCCCGUGGGACUGGCAUUGUAACCAGGCGGCCCCUCAUCCUUCAGCUGGUCCACGUAGAUCCUGGAGACCGCCGGAAAAAUGAGGACGGAGAUGUGGAGGAGUGGGGGAAGUUUCUACACACUAAAAAUAAGAUCUACUCAGAUUUUGAUGAAAUCCGACAGGAAAUUGAAAACGAAACGGAGCGAGUGUCGGGGAAUAACAAGGGAAUCAGCGACGAUCCCAUUCACCUGAAGAUCUUCUCCCCUCACGUCGUCAACCUCACACUGGUGGAUCUGCCAGGAAUCACCAAGGUGCCUGUGGGUGAUCAGCCCAAAGACAUCGAGAUCCAGAUAAGAGAUCUGAUCCUUAAGCACAUCUCCAACCCCAACUGCAUCAUCCUGGCGGUCACGGCGGCCAACACGGACAUGGCCACCUCGGAAGCCCUUAAGGUGGCCCGGGAGGUGGAUCCAGACGGCAGGAGGACGCUGGCCGUGGUGACCAAGUUGGACCUGAUGGACGCCGGUACGGACGCUAUGGACGUGCUGAUGGGCAGAGUCAUUCCUGUUAAGCUGGGGAUCAUUGGAGUUGUGAACAGGAGUCAGCUGGACAUCAACAAUAAGAAGUCUGUGGCCGACGCCAUCCGCGACGAGUACGCCUUCCUGCAGAAGAAAUACCCGUCGCUGGCCAACAGAAACGGAACCAAAUACCUGGCCCGGACCCUUAACAGGCUACUGAUGCAUCACAUCCGAGACUGCCUCCCGGAGCUGAAGACGCGGAUCAACGUCCUGGCGGCCCAGUACCAGUCCCUGCUCAGCAGCUACGGCGAGCCCGUGGAAGACCAGAGCGCCACCUUGCUGCAGCUUAUCACCAAGUUCGCCACGGAGUACUGCAACACCAUCGAGGGCACGGCCAAGUACAUCGAGACGGCAGAGCUGUGCGGCGGGGCCCGGAUCUGCUACAUAUUCCACGAGACGUUCGGCCGGACGCUGGAGUCCGUGGAUCCCCUCGGAGGACUCAGCACCAUCGACAUCCUGACGGCCAUCAGGAACGCGACGGGCCCGCGGCCGUCCCUGUUCGUGCCUGAGGUUUCCUUCGAGCUGCUGGUGAAGAAGCAGGUGAAGCGUUUGGAGGAGCCCAGCCUGCGCUGCGUGGAGCUGGUUCACGAGGAGAUGCAGCGGAUCAUCCAGCACUGCAGCAACUACAGCACCCAGGAGCUGCAGAGAUUCCCAAAGCUUCAUGAAGCCAUCGUUGAAGUGGUCACCUCCCUCCUGAGGAAGAGACUCCCCAUCACCAACGAGAUGGUUCACAACUUGGUUGCAAUCGAGCUGGCCUACAUCAACACCAAGCACCCAGACUUUGCCGACGCCUGCGGAGUCAUGAAUAACAACAUAGAGGAGCAGAGGAGAAACAGGAUGAGAGAGCUGCCCGCCGCAGUACCGAGGGAUAAGUCUGUUGGCAAAGGCCCGGCAGGCCCAGCUGCGGUUUCUGGCGAGCCCUCUGCGUCCGGAACAGACGUGGACAGUGCCAAGGGAGCGGCUGCAGGGCCUCAAGGUGAGCAGGACGGCACCGGGAACUGGAGAGGGAUGCUGAAGAAGGGGGAGGAAACGGCCGGCUCCGGACCAGGAAGUCCACUGAAAGGAGUUGUUAACUUGCUUGACGUGCCCGUCCCGGUUGCCAGGAAGCUGUCGUCACGGGAGCAGAGGGACUGCGAGGUCAUCGAGCGCCUCAUCAAGUCGUAUUUCCUCAUCGUCCGAAAGAACAUCCAGGACAGUGUGCCAAAGGCGGUGAUGCACUUCCUGGUGAACCACGUGAAGGACAGCCUGCAGAGCGAACUCGUCGGACAGCUGUACAAGUCAGGCCUCCUCAACGACUUGCUGACGGAGUCUGAAGACAUGGCCCAGCGGCGCAAGGAGGCUGCCGACAUGCUGCAGGCAUUACAGAGGGCCAGUCAGGUGAUCGCUGAGAUCAGGGAAACACAUCUUUGGUGAAAAAGUCACGGUAUGACCAGAGGAUAAUUGUUCAAUUCAUCAUCUCUGAACUUGAUCAAAUUGUACAAUAGUUAGCAUACAAACAUCUAAGAAAUGCUUUUUAAAAAACCCCAGAAAGCUUGCACUGAAUUUGUGGGACAUUGUAAGGAAGGUUACCCAGAAUGCUACUGGACAUGUGUGUGAUGGUGUUCCCACUGAAAGUUAGAAAAUAAUCAUUUCCAGCCUUUUUCCUUUAAGAAGUAGCACUUGUCAAAUAAGAACACUGAACUUCUGUUUAUUUUGUUUUUUUGCACUAUUGUCAAACUGUAUUGUAAAGCAGGUCACAGUUACCAUCAGGUUUAUUUAUUGUGUCAUUUAAGUUUACAUUUGCUGCCUAGAUGUGAAAUUUCUGUAAGGCUUCUAAAACGAUGAAUAAAUAAGUAUUUUAUUGCCAUUAAAUGCAACGAAACAAGGUA